AUGCCUUCCAUCGGACCCUCGAUGCCGCCACAGCCCUCCAAACGCAGUCGCGACAGUGGCGACGACCGCUCGCCAAGCCCAGACACCAGCGACAAGCGCCGCAGAGUAGCUGGUCCAGCGCCUCCUGCUCGCACUGCCGGCCCUGCACUGCCACCAAGCGCCGCCUCGCGGUCAAGCUCUCCAGACAGCGAUGCCGGGCCUGCUCCUCCGUCGAAGCCCGCGCGCGUCAUGGGCCCUACCGCGCCUCCAGCUGCCCUCGACCAACGGCCGCCAAAUCCACUUUCAGACGACUCAGACAGCAGCGACGACGACUUUGGGCCUGCGCCGCCCCCAGCAGGCGCUACGUACAACACCGAUGCAUACGCAGAGGAUAGGCCCGCCCCAUCUGCAUUUGACACCGAUCCACAUUUCGCAGAAGCGCCCAAGAAAGCGCAAAGAGACGACUGGAUGACCAUGCCGCCCACGCAGGACGAUCUCGCUGCACGCUUAGACCCAACAAAACAGCGCGCGCGAAAGUUCAACUCUGGGAAAGGCACGGGUGCUGGCGGAGGGAUGAGCAGUGCGUGGACGGAGACGCCCCAGCAGAAGCUCAAACGCCUGCAAGACGAGGCUAUGGGUAUUACUACCUCGUCUGCGACCACAUCCACAGGCGCAGCAUCAGGAUCAGGGAGUGGGCGGAGCAAGGAGGAUGAGCGGCGCGCGCGAAAGAUGCGCGAGAAGAUCGAUGCAGCGAGAGGGAAGAGUCUGGUCGAGCAGCACCAGAGCAAAGCAAAAGUGGAGGAAGACGACCCCAGCAGGAGAGUGUUUGACUACGAGAAAGACAUGGCGGUGCAGGGCAACCUCAAUCACAAGCAGAAGAGGGAUAUGCUGAGCAAGAGCAAAGGAUUUGGCGACCGGUUUUCUAGCGGAAGCUUCCUGUAA